AAACUGUGUACACAGAACGUGAGUUGGUUAUAAUCUGAGCAGUCACAAGAAACAACAACGGCGUGUACGAACAACUUGCAACUUCAAGUCUUCCAACAUCUCCAAACUCCUUAGUUUCUACGCAUUUCUGCUCUCAGUUCUCUGGAUAUGGGCUAAAUGUUUGGAAGUGGUCGAUGAAUAACUAAAUAAAAUGGGUUCGUCGAGCUCCACCCUAUUAAAAAAAAUCCCAAACGUCGACGAGUUGAUGCAAGAAACGGGCUUUUCGCCUGCCCACAUUAUUCGCCUGUAUGAACGCUUUGAAGCUCUGGAUAAAGAACGACGAGGCCAUCUCUGUCCACAGGAUUUUGGAGCCAUAAAGGAGCUGGCAAUGAACCCCAUAGGAGACAGAAUAAUAGAUGCCUUCUUCUCCCCAGGAAAGGACACGGUGGAUUUUCACACUUUUGUAAAGAUCCUGGCUCAUUUCCGGCCCGUUGACAAGGAUCGACCCAAAGAGCCCAAUUCUCCUGAACCUAUCAACAGCAGGAGCAACAAACUCAAAUUUGCGUUUCAGCUGUAUGACCAGGACAAGGAUGGCAAGAUUUCCAGGGAUGAGCUUUUAAAGGUUCUGCGGGACAUGCUGGGACUGCAGGUGACUGAGGAACAGCUGGAGAGCAUUGCAGACCGAACGAUACAGGAAGCAGAUCUAGACCGCGAUGAUGCUAUAUCUUUUGAGGAGUUUCGCAAGUCUCUAGAGAAGGUCAACAUUGAUCACAAGAUGAGCAUUCGCUUCUUGCGCUAGACUGGAAAAGCUUCAACAACUUUCUAUGGCUCUGGUUCUCAGUAAAUGGUAGAAAUAUCCUAUAUGCACAGGACAGUCUUUUCUGUCGAACAGGAAUUUAAUGCACUGAUAAUGACUGGCAAAAACUGCACAUAGAUUUACAGUAUUCAGAGGAUUGGAGCAGUUAGGAGUUUUGAAAAUAUUUUUAGUUGGCAACAAUACGUUAAAUGAAUCAGAACAACAAUGAAGACAUGUAUAAGUAGUUUCUGGUUAAAGUAAAUGCUGCUCUUCUUACAGUAUAUAUAUCUUCUUAUUAUAAUAUACACAUUUCAGUUCAAAGCAUCCUAACAAAGGGGUUUCCAUUAAAAUAUGAAGUAACUAUUUUCAAACUAAAAGAAUGUUUCAUGAGAAUCAAAUCAGCGUAUUCAAAUGAUUUCUGAAGGAUUGUGUGACACUAAAGAAUGGAAUAAUGAUGCACAAAAUUCAGCUUUGCACUACAGGAAUACAUUAUAUUUACAAGCAGGAGCACAAGAGACUUCAAUUCUCUUUAAAAAGAAACUUUCAAACUCCUACAUUUUGAAUAGUAGUGUAAAUGCUGGCGUCUUUACAUUUCUGUCUUACAAAUAUUGUGUCUUAUACAGUAUUAAUUAUUGAAUUCAUUAGUUUGCUUUGUUAAAAAUUAUAUUUUGUUACAUUUAAUAACUAGUAUGUUUUCCUGCAGGGAAAAGAGUUUGUAAUAAUGUUUAUAAUGCACUGUGUCAUAUGUCAGCAUACAUAAAUUUCAUGAUGCCAAGGUAAGAUUUGACUCGAUUUAACAUUUAAUGGAUUAAUUUAAAAAGAAACAAAUCAUCUCGGUAGAGGUUUUAAGCAGACAUGGUGCUUUUCUUGCAUUUUUUUUCUGACUUUAUGCAUCUUGAUAAAAACUGGAUUUUUCCCUGUGAUUUAAGUAUUGAAAACCUAAUUCCUUCAGUCCAGUUAUGCUUCAUGCAAGUGAGAUGAACGGCUACCUCACAUUACUGCACUUAAUGCAUGCUGUGGCAAAACAGUUUAAACAAGGGCUUUUUUCAUCUUUGUAUUAAAUGUAACUGACUUUUGAGAAUGUUAUUAAAAUGCAUUUUGGCAAA